UUUGCCGGAACGAAGCUCGGCAAAACCCUCAUGGAGCUUCCCGGCGACACUGCGAACCCUACUUCGGAUCCCACCGGCGGCGAGGUCGCCGGAGACGACGAAGUCUUGCGGUUGAAGAGGCGGUGCACGUCCCUCCGCCUCCUCCUCGACCAACCCUUCCCCUCCUCCAAGAUCUCCCUCUCAUCAAAGCUCACCCUUCUCCGCCUCCUCGACGCUGAGCUCCGCUUCCUUUCCAGCAUCCCUCUUGAUCGCCGGCGCCGGCCCAUCUCCUCCAAUAUUGGCUACCUUGAAUCCCUUGCCCGCAUCGUCCUCCAUCCCUCCGUCACUUCCAUCUCCCGCCUCUCCAGACCACUCCCGGCCGCGCCACUCCCUGUACACCUCGACCUCGUCUGCACCGUCCACCGCUCUCCAGCUUGGCUGCUUGUCUCUGAUCGUAACCCCAAACACGUCUCCUGGCUCCCCUCUUGCCGCCACAAGGGCCUCCGGCAAAGAAUAGAACGGGUCGUCUGCGCCGCUCGCUCCGCUCUUGCUCUCAAGCCGGAAUCCGUCAUUCUUGUCUUCUCCCAUGGGAUUGGUGAUGAGAUUGUGGAUAAGCUUGAGAAUGAGUUUGGGGCUGUGGAGAUUGACCUUUUUAAAGAGUUGGAGGAUGGGUGGAUUGAUGUUCUGAUGCUUUGUGGAAAAGAUCGGGCAUUUGAGAUUAAGAUUGGGGUGGAUUCUGGCAAUGGGUUGAGAGGCUUGGGUGAUUUGGAAGAUGACUAUGAGGUUUGUUCUGGUGAAGAGUUUGAUUCUCUGGUUUCUUCGAUGAGAGUUGGUGGUGUAGGUUCUGUGGAUGUUGUUAAUUUUGAUACCACUGCAUUGGUUGCUAUGGUGUCUGGGAUAAGCAAUGGUGGUGCUGAGCAGUUGUUGAAUGGGCCACAGGAUGAUAUAAGGAGAAGGUUCAAGGGCAAUUAUGAGUUUGUGAUAGCACAGGUAAUGUCUGAACUACAAGAUCCAAUUCUUGCUCAGAUGAGGAAUGCGAUAGCUGGAAAGAAAGGUAUCAUCUGUGAAAGUGUAUGCUCAGAGUUUAAGGAGCUUGUUUCAAUGUGUGGAGGGCCCAACGAAAAGUUGAGGGCAGAGCAACUAUUAAAACUCCUUGUGAUUGUACCAGAUUGCCCUUCCACACGAUUAAUGGAUUUACCGACAACGAGAAAAAUAGCUUUAAAGAACAAGGUUGUUUUUGGUACUGGGGAUUACUGGCAUGCUCCUACUCUCACUGCAAACAUGGGAUUUGUGAGAGCUAUACAACAAACUGGUAUGUCUUUGUUGAUUAUUGAACAUAGACCUCGUGCAUUAACUGGUGAUUAAUAUCAAAAAUAUAAAAUCAACAUUAUGAGAUUA